UAACUACAUUUUGGACAUUACAGCAUGCGAGGAAAAAAAAAUAUUCGCCAGGUCAGUAAAAACAUCAUAUAAUCUCAUCUGGAGUCAUUCUGAAUGAACGCACGAUAAAAGACGCGCGCGCCUGCGUCAAUUAACGCGUGUGAGUUCACCAAUCAGACGCCGCCGUUGGGGCGCCCUUAAGUCGUGCCCAGUGCAAACUGAUUGAUUUACACAAAGUACCCAGAUUCGUAUCUCCGAUGUAAGACGAGGGUGGUAAAUAUUGAUGAAGUAGAUGGACGUCCAAUAGGUGCACGAAUAUCUCGCUCGAGCCGGGCAACGGGAUUAAAUCCAAGAUCUUACGCCGAGCGAGAUAACUUCGUAAGAGUGUAUAUUUGAUGUUGUUCUUACACAAAAGGACCUGUUCCGAAAGAGAUGGCUAUUAACACGGACGCCCCUCUAUUAACGACGGAUGCCCUGCGCGAGAGAGCCGCGCUGCAGUCCACCGAUUUUGGAGACACUCAGAAACUUCUCGACAUCUCGGACAAGGAGCUGAAGAGAGAAUUAAAGCGCUCGCCUUCUGACGCGCAGCUCGCGAAGUGUCUCGAAGCAGAACGGAACGAACAGACCGCGGUUAACGUGGACGCGGAGCCCCGCUCUCCGUCGCGGGUCAGCUUCAGCCGCGCGUCGUCGCCCACGCCCGCGGAAGGCGAGCCCUCCAGCUUCAUGUGGGUGGCCGUGAUCUCCUGCUUCUGCCCCGCCGUUCCGAUAAACCUGUUUGCGCUUUAUUUCGCGCAUAUGUCUCGGUCCAUGAUACACGCAAAAGAUUAUGAUGGGGCCAGAAGACUCGGGCGUCUAGCUUUGCUGCUUAGUAUCGUUUCCAUUGUUGUGGGUCUGGCCAUAGUCCUUUAUCUGUUGAUGACAGAGACAUAAUUGUGAGCAUUGGUGUAAACGAGUAUUGGAGCUAUGACCAAAGAAGAUGGAUGAUAAAUGCCACGUGAAAUCCUUCAGAAAAAAAUAUCUAUUUAUAUUAUAUAGGCUACAGUGUUAAGCUAAAGUAUUUACUUUCGUGACAAGGAAUUAUGUUUACUGACAAAAACCUUUCUAUACUAUCUUGAUGGCUUCUGGCCAUUUCUUUUGCUGUCUUGGAGAUUUCGCUUUAUGCAACAAUGCAUUAGCGCCAAACUAAUUUUGCACUAAAUCUUAUAUGACUUUUAGUCUUUUUAAUAGUGAAAUGUACAAUCAGCUCCUCAAAAAUCUUAAUGCUUGAACAAUUUCUCAACUAUUCCUAAAUUAUAUCUAUACAUAUUUAUUUUCUUUUUUUAAUCUACAGUGCGAGUGCAUUUUUUUAUGCUAAUGUAUUGCAUGUUGCAAUAAGAAGAACGGGACUUUUGUUCUGAGAAUGAGAAACUGUUGUGAUUUUCUCUUUUUGUUUAUGACUUUACUUUCAUAACUUUUCGUUACGCUGUUUGCUGGCAGAGCGGAGCUGGAGUGCAACAAUCGUACAGAUGGUUUCCUUGAAAUAUAUGUUUCGUGUAACCUGUCAUAGCUCAUCUGCUUAAUUUACUGAAAAAUAAAAAUUCUGUCAUUAUUUACUCACCAUCAUUUUAUUCCAAACCAUUUGUGUACAGUAUACGUGUCAAAUGGGUUCAGAUAUGUUUUUCGUGUCCCACGGAAGAAAACAAAUCACAGGUUUAUAGUAAAUGAUGACAAAAUUUAUAUUUGGAGGAAGUAAGUACGAGAUAGGCCACAUUCCUGGGCGCAGCAUAUAUGAAUCUGAAUAUAUGUAUUGAACUCGCAAGAGAUGACCAAGGGCUAUAUUCAACCGAAAGCACACGCAUGUCUGAAAUGACAACUACAGUAUUUGAAUUGUGUGAAUCUGUCUAAUACGGUGCCAUAUUUUUGCAUGUUAAAAUUAAACCGA